AUGUUUGCCUUCAAGCCCGUCGCCUUCGCCACAGCGCUGCUGGGUUUGGUCCAUGCUGCACCAGCCGUUACAGAGCGCCAGGACAUUAUCUUAUUGACCUUGUGUACUGACGCCAACCUUGGUGGAUCAUGCCUAGAUUAUCAAGGAACCCCUGGUGUCUGUGGCAACGUUGUAGGUGAAUUCGACAACAGCAUCAGUUCCCUUGUGGCUGGAACCGAAUCACGCCCCUGCAUCUUCUACAACAAUCCCAACUGCGAUCGGAGCGGCGGCUCAGUUACCCUUGGCGGAAGGCAAGAUGCUCUUCCAGCGGGCUUUGAUAACAGCAUCAGCUCUAUCGAAUGUCUAGCCUGCCUGAUCCCCGAGGGAUGCCCUUAG